AUGCCCAAAAGUCAAAACCCACAUGUCCCAUUGGCACUGAAAAGAAGAAGAACAAGAACAAGAACAGUGAUAGUAGCCUUCGAGUGUUUUGCUACUACUAUGUCCAUAACGUUAGAAGAAGAAUCAUUCAACGCUCGUUACUCCUUAUGGACCAAAGAAGCUUUAGAGGAGCUUCCACACAACUUCACAAUCACCGACCCGUUUCUCUCGGGUCACCCGAUCGUCUUCGCCAGCCCCGGUUUCCUCAAAAUGACAGGGUACACUCCACAAGAAGUCAUCGGUAGAAACGGGAGAGCUUUCCAAGGUCCCAAGACUAACCGCAGAUCCGUCAUGGAGAUUCGAGAAGCCAUACGUGAAGAGAGAUCCGUUCAGGUGACCCUGUUGAAUUACCGCAAAUCCGGAUCACCGUUUUGGAUCUUGUUUCAUAUGGUUCCUGUUUUCGAGAAAGACGAUGGGAGAGUGAUCCAUUUCGUAGGGGUUCAGGUCCCUAUCUCGCGAAAAGAACAUCGUACAAACGGAGAUAUGUCGGAAAUGGUGUUUGGUUCUUGUCGGGGAGAGGUUUUCGUGCAACGGAAACGAGUUUUACAAGUGGAAUGCAAUGAACAAGGGUUAGAGGAUUGGGAACACUGUGAAGCGAGUGAGUCUGAGAAGUUAAAAGCUGUGGAAGCUAUUAACAAUGUGUUGUCUAUUCUAAAGCGUUACAGUGAGUUCGCUGGCGGAUUAGUGUGUGAGAAGCGGUACUGUUUGCGUGGUGCAGAGUGUUUAAGCUCGUCGUUGGUUAUAUCUCUCGGUAGAAUCAAACAAAGUUUUGUGUUAACCAAUCCAUGCUUACCUGAUAUGCCUAUUGUUUAUGCAAGUGAUGCCUUUUUGACAUUGACUGGUUACAAGAGAGAAGAAGUGUUGGGACAAAAUUGUAGAUUUCUGAAUGGGGUUGAUUCAGAUUCCUCAGUACUAUAUAAGAUGAAGGAGUGCAUUUUAAAGAGGCAACCAUGUACAGUGCAAGUACAAAAUUACAGUAACAGAAAAGAUAAGAGCACAUUCUGGAACCUUCUUCACAUAUCACCAGUUCGUAAUGCUUCAGGCAAGACAGCAUAUUUUGUGGGUGUUCAGGUGGAAGCAAGUUGCAGAAACUCUGAAUGUAAAGAAGUUAGACCAGAGACAAAGCAACUGAGUGUGGUCGGUGCUGUUAGAGUUGCGGUCAGGAGUUCAUUCAUGGUAACAUGUUGA